AUGGAAAAGGACAAGGAAAGGUUUCAAAUAGUGUCCGAUCUUCAUCUAGAAUCUCCGGCCGCUUAUGAUGUUUUUCAAAUAACCCCUAAAGCGCCCUAUUUGUGCCUCCUGGGCGACAUUGGAUAUGUCAAAGACGAUGGCUUUUUCACCUUCCUACGAAGUCAACUUGAGCUUUUCCGGGCAGUCUUUCUAGUUUUUGGUAACCAUGAGCCAUAUCACAGCAGUUGGGUGGAGGCGAAGCAGAAGCUUGAGCGUUUCAAGAAUGAGAUCGAAGUCUCCACGGGCCAAGCACAUGGCAAAUUUGUUAUCCUUGAUCAAACGAGAUAUGAUAUUUCAUCCAAUGUCACUAUACUCGGAUGUACAUUGUUCUCGAAGAUCUCCAAGGAGCAGAUCGAAAAUGUUAAUUUUGGGCUGAACGACUUUUAUCAUAUCGACGACUGGACCGUCGAUGACCACCAGAAAGCUCAUGUGUCUGAUCUGGCGUGGCUAACUGAACAGCUUGCUUCCAUCUCAGCAUCAAAGCCAGACCUUUCAAUCAUUGUUUUGACUCAUUAUAGCCCCACGACCAACGAAAAGGCCAUCGACCCUAGGCAUGCGACCAGUCGCAUCUCCUCAGGGUUCAUGACCGAUUUGACUAGGGAGCCCUGCUGGCAGAACGCAGCUGUAAAGGUCUGGGCUUUUGGUCAUACUCACUUCAACUGCGACUACCAAGACGGCGAACACUGGAAAAGGGUCAUUUCAAAUCAAAGAGGCUACUACUUUGCACAAGCAGAAGGAUUUGACAUAGAAAAGGUGGUCGAAGUUUAG